AUGGAAAUCAUUGAUCGGCCCCUAAGUGAAAUCAUCAAGGAGCAAAACAUUGCCCAGUCCCUGCGCCGCAACCGCCGAGGGGGGAAAGGCAACCAACAGCGACGGCCGAGAGGAGGAGCUCGGGGCGCCGUGACUGGUGGCAACCGUGGCGUGUCGAGACCCCGUCGUGGUUUGGGACGUGACCGCUUCAGAGAAGUGGACCGCCGUCGGCUCUUGUCACGGCGCCCUGAUGGCCCCUUCCGCCGCUUCCGACCGUCAUAUGGCCGCGUAUUGGAGAGGCGUCGUAAUGCCGUGGAUUACGGUGAUGUGAGGUCGCGCCGCUCCGUGAAAAGCACCGAUUAUUUGCGUGAGCGCCGCCUCUCCGGUUCGGAACGCAACGAACGCCUCCGGUACCAGCGCCGUCGCGAAGAACUCUCCCGCGUCCGCUCCCGCUUCUCACGUGAUUGA